UAUAAAUAAGAACUGAGGCAAUCAUCCACAGUUGAAAAAAAAUCAAUCAGUACAAUGAAGAUCAUCCUGCUGUUUGCACUGUUUGGUCUGAGCUUCUGUCAAGAUAGUAGCUGUUCAGGAAAUUCUGUUUCUAAUCCAGGCGACGAUAAUUGUCUGAUACUAGCACUAAAGGAACUUGGAGAUUUUCUUCCUGCUUUUGGCAAAUUCUUUUGUGCAUACAAUAAAUUUCAGGAGGAUAAAAAUGUAAACAAUUACAAUGCUGCAGCAAAACCAUACGUUAAUGCACUGAAGUGUACAGGCUGCCAGGCUGAUAACAUUUUUGGUACAGGUCGUACUUUUGAAGAUAUUUUGAUGGGAGUUGGAAAAACUGGAAGUGCAGCCUAUUACCUUGUGUUAAAGGUUUUGCAAAUACUGGGACUAGACGAAUUAAAGGCAAAUAUUAUUUGCACAGUGGCAGCGGACAUUUUACAAUCACCGUGCCUGCAGAAAGCCCUUGUGAAUAUUGCUCCGGACAUAUUACUUAAUCUGAAAAACCUUUAUUGUAAGUUAAAGGACAGUGGUGCAACUGGUGCUGCUGCUGAACUAAUAGAAAUACUGAAACAACUUGGAUGUAUCUUGGAUGAGGAGCUUGGACUGGAAAAUGGAGAACUGGAAAUAUUACUGGGAUGCCUUGGACAUGAUUCACUCGAGCCACUGGUUGGGAAACUUCUCCUGCUUACUGGGAAAGUCGGUUUGGUUAGCGAUACAUUAUGUCACGUGAUCAACCCUGUGCCCGCUGUGCCCGGCCUGCCCGCCGUGCCCGGCCUGCCCGCCAUAUGAAUUAAGGCUGGAAACUACUUACAGCAUUAAUAUGCGUGUGGUGCAUUUUGGACUUCAAACAUAG